ACUCCUUGCUUCCUGGGGAUGCUUCAGCAUAGUCCUUUUAUUUCAAAUUAUACUCUUGAACAAUUUUGAUAUAAGUUUACCACACAAACAACAAGGUGUUUACAAAGAAAAGAAGUCAAAUAUUUUUUAGAAGCACAGAAGAAUGAGAUUUUUUGAAUUCAGUGAUAUAAUCACAUUUUGUUUGGUAGAAAUUGUCUUUUUUACUUGGCAAGUUCUGGUUGGCUUCACAAUAUGACAGGUUCACUUCUCACAGGAUGAUUUCAUGAAUGUCACAUACAAAAAGUCCAUCAUUAUUGAUCAAGAACAAUGGUUUACUGGGAGAAGCUGGUUUGCUUGUUGCUUGUGGUAAUUGUUAAUUAUCAACACUGUAGUGCAGACUCCCUUCCUCAAAUCAUUGAACACCCAGAAGAUGUUAUAGCAGCAAAAAACUCAAAUACAGAACUUAGAUGUAAAGCUACAGGGUCCCCUAAACCAAUAAUACACUGGCUGCGUAAUGGGAAAAAGGUGCCAACUGAUGAAGAUGAUCCAGAGAAAAGAAGAUACAUUUUGCCUUCAGGAAAUCUAACAUUUAUCAGGGUGAUUCAGAAGAAGAAACGGACAGACAGUGGCAAGUAUCAAUGUGUUGCUGUUAAUAAAGUGGGGAAGACGACCAGUAAAGCUGCAACGUUGUUAGUUGGAGUGCUACGAUCCCAGUUCAAGACAGAACCAAGAGAUAGAACAGUAACAGCAGGAAAUCCUGUCACCCUUAAAUGUAACCCACCAAGAGGCAAGCCAUCGCCAAAAGUAUCAUGGAUUAAGGAUGGAGUCAUGGUGAAACCUGAUGGGAAAAGAGUGCUUAUUAAGGAACCUGGAAGCCUAUAUAUUUCAGCUGCACGCAAGGUUGACCAGGGAAAGUAUGUUUGUCUAGCAACAAACCCUUUGGGACAAAAGAAAAGCAAUACUGCAAGACUAACUGUAAAAGAAUUACCUGCAACAGCUCUAAGAAUUCGCCCUGCACAGAAAACUGUGUCAGCUGGUAGCAGUGUAACAUUUCAAUGUGAUUAUCGAGAUGGGCCACAAGGUGCCAUUAGAUGGUCCAAGAAAGGGGGUACUCUUCCAAAUCAACGAUUUAGUACAACCCAACAUGGAAAACUAACUUUAAAUAACAUCCAGCCUGGAGAUGAAGGGGAGUAUGUGUGUAGCGUCUCUCCAACUCUGAGUGUUUCAUCAAUGCUGAUAGUACAAAUGACGUCACCAUCUUUUAAUAAACUCUUCCCAGAUGGUACAUCAACUGCCAGUCCGCUUCCUCAAGCCAAACCAUCAAUCACAAUGCUUCCAAAGGAUGUGAUAGUUAGAGAGGGGGCCACUGCUAAGUUUUCAUGCAAAGCCACAGGAAACCCACUACCUACUGUAUUCUGGGACCAAAAAUCUACACGUCAAACUAUGUUUCCUCAUCAAAACAAUGGACGCUUUGAGGUAAAAACAARUGGAGAUUUAAUCAUCAAGAAUGUUCAGAAACAAGACAAAGGGGAAUAUGUUUGUUCAGCAAUAAGUCAAGCUGGUGUGGAAACUGCUAGUGCUAUGCUUGUAGUUGUUGGUAUUUUAGACACCAAGCCAACAUUAAAAACAAAGCCUCUUAAUCAAACUGUCAACAAAUUUGAGGAUGCGAUAUUUUCCUGUACAUUUGAUGGGGUUCCUGUACCUAGUAUAGAAUGGAGUAAAGGCCUGGUAUUGAGUAAUAGUGCUAAGUAUAUCAUAAAAACAGUUGGUUCUACAUCACAACUAAAGGUGAUAAGCAGCACUCAAAAUGAUGCUGGACAGUAUGAAUGUACAGCAACAAAUACCCUUGGUACCGUCAAAGGAGUUGUACAACUAACAGUAGUAGACCCAACUACUACUUUACUCCCUGUAGUUUUGACAACAAAACCUGCUGUUCCACCAUUAAAGAAACUUCAACCUCCAUCACACUUGAUAGCUCGUCCUCUAAAAUCACAUGAUUCAGUUGAGUUGGUCUGGACAUCUACCAAAGCAUCACUUAGUCAACCAAUAAUGUACACAGUGGAAUACAGGAAAGUAGGACACAAGAUGUGGAAGGUAGCCAUGCUAUUAACUACAGUAGACAGAUGCAAAGUAACCAACCUGCAACCACUCACUAUGUAUGAGUUCUCUGUAAGAGCUAAAGCAGGGCAAGAGCAAAGUAAGCGUACAACGACAAGGUUUAAGACAAGGAGGAAGACAGCUACUUCAGUUGUUCCUGUGAUCCCAAGAAAGCCAAGACCUACAACUUUUGGUCCUGCUAAGAAUGCUAAAGUUAUUGUCAAAGCUAAGCCAGUCAAAUGGGACAAGCUCAACAUAACAUGGAAGUUUGAUCGAAAGAUCAAGAAACUGUCAGCUGGGUUCAAUGUUUUCUGGAGGAAAGAGGAAUCUGCUGAUGAUUUUAAACAAAUGGCAGUCAUUGGAGACGGCGUACAAGAACACAUGUUGAAUGGACUCUCGGCAAAUACUAGCUAUGUUAUCCAAGUAGAAGUCUACUUUAGCAAGCACACAUUACCUAAAUCCGAAGAAGUUGUUGGUGUUACUGGUGUAAGAGAUAAAGGUUUAAUUGUAAUAUUAGAUGAAGGGAAGAAGGAUGGUUCAGAAGGCGAUGUUCAAAUCAUACAAGCUGAUACCAAAUCAGGGGGGACAUGGUCAAGAGUUYGUGAGUUUGUUCGUAAACCAUGGUUUAUUGCUAUUAUGGGUGGUAUACUAUGGAUAGGACUUUUUGUGAUUGUUUUGUUCCUCUACCGACGAAGACGACGCAAUAGAAGGAAUCUUAAGCAGAGAAAAUUGAAACUUCAAAUUGCAGAGAUUCAAAGGGCCCCAACAAGUCCUCAAGGGCACAAGACGUUAUGGAUGGAUGAUGUUAAUACGACCGAUACUCCACCACAACAACUAGCUAACAAUCGUAUCAGUGAUACAUCUUCUACAGAAUGUCUUAACCGAUCAGUGACAAGUUGUUGUGCAAGACGUGGUAUUAAUUCAAACACUGCUGAUUUUCCAAAUAAGAUAACUAUCAACUCAUUGACAGGAUCUCGUCUGGGUGAACCUAAUCAGUUUGAUGCAUCCACUGAAUCGAAAUUAUCAUCAGAAGGCAAAACAAACAAUGUACAUCAUUCAAUCAACAACUAUCGAGAACACCUCAAUAAAUCAACCAAAUUUGACGAAGUCGGAGAAAGAGGAUCUCUUGGUUCACGCAGCGGAUCCGAAGCAACUCUCCCUAGAGCGAUGCCUCAACAGACGUCAUUCCUCACACCUACACAGCAGUUUAUAAACAGAAAGAAAGCCAACACUAGAAGUGACAGCCCCGCAUCUCAACACAAAGAUCCAAACAAGACACCAGACGAUUCUUCUAUCAGCGAAAAAUCAAAACCUAAACUAAAGAUACAGUCAUUUGAAAUGGCGAGCAAUGGGUCCAUUCCUGGAACAACAACUUUCCACGCUGACCCACCACCUACUUACGAAGCUGUUCUCAAAGAGACCGAGCUUGAAAAACAACUCGAGGAUGGGGAGGAAAAGAGUAAAAGUAGAGAAGAGCUUGCUGAGAAGCUAAAGGGUACACCGUUCAACGACAAACCUACACCACGUGCACCAAGCCCGCCUCUUAGUGAACGCAGUUGUAGAACAACAUCUAGUUGUGGAAGUCGGAAGCGUAAAGUAUUAAAGCCUCCUCCUCGCCUAGCUAUAUUAAACUGGGCUGAUCUGCUUCCCCCACCACCCUCGCACCCUCCUCCAAGUAGCUUAGGAUCACCCCCACCUUCUCCGCCAUUCAGUCUCAGAUCUGGUAUGACAGGUAUGAGUGGAAUGACAGGAAUGAGUGGUUUAACGGGAAUGAGUGGUAUGACCGGAUUAACUGGUAUGACUGGAAUGACUGGUCGAACUGGAAAGAGUAGUGGUAAUGGUUUGGUUGAUAAUGAAAUACCAGAACGACCUCGUAAGAAACCUCCUUCGUCUGCAGUGUCAGACUCAGCUGUAUCAGCGGCUGAACCAAAGGUUCCUGGAUCAACAAAGAGUGGUAAAUCAGGUCACAAACACAAGAAACCUAAACCAAAAGCUUUACCUAUAGACCUUGAAGGUAUCACUAGUGACAUUAUAAUGCAAUGGGCAGACUCAGUCACUAACACGAGUGGUUCAGACGAUGAUUCAUCGUGCUCUAGUCCUAGUAGAGUUAGUAGUACAGGGUCGUUCUUUACUGACGCUGACUUUGCCAAUGCUGUACGAGCCGCAGCCGAGUGUGGUGGUUUUAAUAUGGAAACAUACGGGUUGAUGGAUUCCUUAGGGUACCCUCCACCGUAUUCAGGAAGUUGGAAGAAAGGUAACUCGACUCCAAGUGGUAGUGAUCCUAGUGGUCCUAUUACAUCGACACCUCGCAAUCCACAAAACAAAACUAAAUGGGAAACAGGAAGUGAAGGCGAUCUUGAUUUCACUCCCCCUAUUACAGUACGACCUCGAUUUACCAGGAAGGUACAGCCUAAUGAAAAUGGCACGCCUCCCCCUGUCGCUCCAAGUAAGAUGGCAGCGGAUAUGGGAAUACGGAAAGUUGCUAGAAGUCCAGUCCCUCUCGUCCCUUCACAGCCGCGAAGACCUAUUCCCAGAGCCGCUAGAAUGAACUCUAACUCGCCAGUACCUGGUCCAGGACAAAUUAUUGUACAGCCUUUAAAGAAAACGUCUGCCCUUAACGCGCCGGAGUCGGCCAGCAAGAUACCAGUUACGAAAAAGUUUGCCGUUGUUAAAAAGAUUCCACAGAGUAAAGAUACCGAGCCAUAUAAUAGCGCCACGUUAAGCUCUAGUGGAAAAUCGAGUACGAGUACGGCGAGUACCGUUAAGACGAGUACCAUGGGUGACUCUGAUGCAGAGUCUGCAGCGUAAAGCAAAGACUUUAUUGACGAACUUUCUUGCUAUAAACUCUGGAAAUGGCGGGACAAAGUAUCUCAGAUUGUAUAGUGAUUUGAUAUACUAAUGAAAGGACGCAUGACAGAUUCAUCGUGAGGUAUUAUCAAGGACACCCCAACAAGUGAUCUACAGUGUACAAAAAAAAAGACAUUGCUCAUACAGACAAUUUGUAAUAUUUUAUUUUUAAUACUUAGUUACCUAGAUAUACAAAUAUAUGUAGGAACUGAAAUCAUGAAAUCGUUAUCGUUUAUAUAUCUAAUCUAAGGAAAUAUUUUCCGAUUAAUCUACAUUUAGCUUUUGUUGUCAGGAGAACCAAAGGGGGGCUUAAUACACGGAGAGAGACCAUACUCUUUCAUUGGCGAAUCAAUAGUAUGAAUCUAAGCGUGCUAAAUCCCUCGCCAAACUUUACAAUCCUCGAAACCCCUUUUCUCACUGAUCGCGAUUGCAAAAGUUUCAAAUAUACGUUGACAUUUUUUUAUUAUCCGAAACAUGUACUUGAGUGUUCUUCAUAAACCCGUGAAAUAAAGAGAGUGUAAUAACAAUAGUAUUUUACAGAUUAUAAUCGAUGACCUGUAAAUAUGAUAUUCCGAUGUAUUCCCGCGCGUCACGGCGUUUUCAUGCAUUGGUAUUAGUAUCUUUGGUAGGCAAUACUGAUGCAGAUGAAAACCCUUUGAUGUAGAUAGUGAUAUUAUGUUACUAUAGUUAUUUAUAGAGCGCUGUUUUCUAUUUUCUAUUUUAUUGCUUUCUUCAAAGGGCCGCAUUUUGCAUUAUGUUUCAACAUUAAGUUGAGUUCAUUUAUAUGAUGGAGAUCAAUGUAUAUUAUAAACGAAAUGAUAGGAAUUAUUAAAUGAAUAUGUUGUAUAAAAGC